ACACACUCAAUUUUUAUUAUUAAACGAUAUUAUUAUCUUAAUAUUAUCUGAAUCUUAUUCUGGUUUCACUACUUACAACUUUGACAUGGGUUAGAAUGAGAUGUAAUUUUGUACCAAUCAAGGGAAAAAUACUUUUUAAGAAAAAAAAUGGCAUGGGACUGCCACAGGACUUCCAUUCUCAAUAGACAAAAGAAUUUUAUAAGGCUCUACUUAUAAAAUAUAAUUGCAAUAGAGUACACUAGUGCUGAAGAGGCUGGUGGUGUGAUAUACUACACAGGAAUUAUCUUAUGCAAAGGCAGGCCCUAUUUCAUUAACAGCAUCAGGUUUAGUUAGUUUGGCUAAACUUACAUGAAUAAUAUUUUAUUUCUUAAAAGUAAAUAAAGCAGACCUUAUUUCCUUGUUAUUCUAAAUUCGUAUUCUGACAGACAUUUGAGAGAAUAAAAACCUGAUUAAGGAUCUUUUCAAACAAAGAAAUAAGAUCUUGUCCUGGAACAGUGGCUCACACCUGUAGUGCCAGCACUUUGAAAGGCAAAGGCAGGAGGAUCACUUCAGGCAAGGAGUUUGGGACCAGCCUGGGCAACAGAGUGAAACCCUGCCUCUAGAAAAAAAUUUUUAAAAAUUAGUUGGGCAUAGUGGCAUGCAUCUGUAGUCCCAGCUACUCUAGAGGCUGAGGUGGGAGGAUCGCUUGAGCCCAGGCAGUCAAGGCUGCAGUGAGCAGUGAUGGACCCACUGCACCCCAGCGUGGGUGACUUAGUGAGACCCUGUCUCAAAAAAAAAAAAAAAAAUCACUGAAACUCAUUCUCUCUAGUUGGGCUUGACUUAGAACUGAAUACAUUAAGCAGAAAAUUAACACUGGUCAUAGGUUUAAAAAAUAAUGAGUAUGCUAAGCUGGGCAUGGUGGCUUGUGGCUGUAGUCCCAGCUAUUCAGAAGGUGAGGAGUGAGGAUCCCUUGAGCCCAGGAGUUCGAAGAGGCAGUGGGCUAUGAUCGCACCACUGCAUUCCAGCUGGGCCAGAGCAAGACCGUGUUUAAAAAAAAAAAAAAGGCCAGGCACGGUGGUGGCUCACGCCUGUAAUCUCAGCACUUUGGGAGGCCGAGGCGGGUGGAUCACGAGGUCAAGAAAUCGAGACCAUCCUGGCCAAAUGGUGAAACCCCAUCUAUACUAAAAAUACAAAAAUUAGCUGGGCGUGGUGAUGCCCACCUGUAGUCCCAAGUACUCAGAAGGCUGAGGCGGGAGAAUCGCUUGAACCUGGGAGGUGGAGGUUGCAGUGAGCCAAGAUCGCAGCACUGCACUCCAGCCUGGUGACAGAGACUCCGUCUCAAAAUUAAAAAAAAAAAAAAAAGACCUUAAGAAAACUUGCAAUAAUGUUUCUAUCAAAUACCUUACUAUGCUAUUUAUUUAAGAAAAAUGACCAAAUCCAGUCCAAUUUACAGAUUUUAAAGCUGAAAGGGCAUUGGAGAUUGCCUAGUAUGCUUUCCACAUAUCUAAGUGGAAACACACUCAGAGUGAUUUAUCAGAGUAUACAUAACAUUACUAUACCAUAACUGUGAAUCUCAGUUCACGAGCUCAGACUUCUCUUUAUGGAAAGUAGUUCACAGUAUUUGAAUCAAUCCUGACACCACCUUUAGUUAAGGCAAUGCAGACUGCAGUAAGGAGCUCCACUGUGGCAACCCCUAUGCUGUUCCUGGUCUUGCAGACUGUCCUGUAACUUGAAGCUAGAUAAGCAAACUUAGAUUGUAAAGGCAUGGUCUAGAUCAGCAGUCUCCAACCUUUCUGGCAUCCAGGACUGGUUUCGUGGAAAACAAUUUUUCCAUGGACGGGGAGGGGGGAUGCUUUCAGGAUGAAGCUGUUCCACCUCAGAUCAUCAGGCAUUAGAUUAUCAUAAGGAGCGCACAACCUAGAUCCCUCGCACAUGCAGUUCACAUUACGGUUCGCACCAUGAGAAUCUAAUGAUGCUGCUGAUCUGACAGGAGGCGGAACUUAGACGGAAAUGCUCACUCACCCAUCGCUCACCUCCUGCUGCGCGGCCCCGUUCCUAACAGGCUGCAAACCAGGUACCAGUCAGUCGUUGGGGACCCCUGGUCUAGAGUACAGCUAAAGAACUACAAAGGCUUUCUCUUUAUAUGCCCUUCCUUCCUGCCCAAGACUUCUGGGCUUUUAACUAGGGAUGCAGCACUGCAAGUAUCCGGAGGCAGUAACUGGGAAAACCAUCUAUCAUGAUUAAAAUAAAACACGCAUUGGCCUCUGGAACGAAGGAUGUUAAAAUAAUACAUUCUGCCCAUCUUGGAUUCAAGACUUGGGGAAGUUUUAGAAAAAUCAGUUAUCUCAAGUAAGUAUUCAGUGCACACAAUCCAGUGACUGAGUCUACUUUUUCUGGCUAGGCCUAAGCAGCAUAGGCUUUGAAACUAUCAUCCAGGUUUUCAAAUAAAAAGGAGUAAGAAAACAACUGCUGGUAAUACAACAUUACAAACAUUAACAUAUGCCCAGCGAACAGUAUCAUAGACCGUUAGAUUAUCUGCCAAAAGCCUGUUCCCUGGUAAAUAACAGUUAUUGUUGUUUUACCUAAACUAGUUAAACAUGUCGCAGCUUGCUCCUGAAAGAGAACAUUCUAUAGUCUUUGGAGAAUCAAACAGUGAAGAGGUCUUGCAACAUUUGUCAGAGGUAGUCAAACAGUGCAAGCAAUCACAAAAUUUGGUCACCAACCAAACCAGAUUAGCUAAUCUUUCAGUUCCUGUAGAUUAGAAGACAAUAUUAACUCACCCUUUCUGCAUGUUGACUUUUGCAUCCCUUUAUUUGUGUAUUGAAAGAACAGGCACCUCUAUGGGAACUCUAUGCCCUGACAGUUUAAUUACUUAUCAAGUUUACUCUGGGCCGGUACUGAUCAUUCUUUCGUGAAACGAAUUAGAUACUUAAAUUAAAAACAAACAACAAAACCCCCCUUUUCACAUAGCAUGGCGGCAUGUCCCUUGGUAACAAGGUUGAGUGGAUCCAUCAAGGCCCAGCAGCUUGCCUCCUUUUCGUAAGGAUGUAACUAUUGUCCAACCAGAAGAGAGAGGCAUGGAGUGGGAUGUGCACCAGGAUGAACUCGCCGGAAUCGUCAAGGGUCGUUGUGUGACCCUCACCUUGACUUCGGGCGGUUUGUGGGGACCCAACUGCUUUCUUGCCGCUGCUCUUUGGUCUGAGUUUCCCUCAGCCAAACACUUCACCCACCCAUGACCCUCCAACUGUCCGGCUACAGCAGGGGAUGGGGGUUGUCUUCCGAUCGACCUCGGGGGGCAAAGGCAAAAGUCCCUAGCUGCUUCGGAACCGCUCCUCGAGUCCUGAAGCCGCUCCACGCCUCCUCGCCCACCACUUGGUCCCCGCAGGACGUGGCAGUCUCGGGCUCCACCCUGGAAAGGAGCCCGCCCGGGUGCCGUCACCCGCCCCGCGCGGCCUCACCUGCCGCUCCCCGGAAAUCUCAGCGCAGCGCUGCCCUGCCCCCGCCCCCACCCUCCCGCGUCCUCCAACUCGAGGUCCCAAGACCCACACAGCAAUGGCGCAGCCGGAAACUGGCCCCUAGACUUCCUCACGCCCGGCUGGCGGCGCGGGUCGCCUGUGGGCGGGACGCAAAGGCCGCGACUUCCGCCUUCCUGCUUCCGGUCUGGCGGUGAGUGGGGAGUGGGAUCCGAUCCCGUGGGGCUAUGUAGGGGAAGUUGGUGGCUGCAGCUGCCGUGGUUUUCCCCUGGUGUCCAGCAGAAACGGCGGCGGCGCAAGGUGUGGCUGGGCCAACCCAGGAUCUCCCAGGACCCUCCGCUCUGCGCGACAAGGGGCCUGCGCUUGCCAAGGCCGACGGGCAGGAGUGAACGUGGCCUCCGUGGGUCUGCAGCCCCGAUAGGCCAAUUGUACAGAAUUUAAACCGUCUCUCAGAUGUGUACAGUAGAACUCAAGAAGACAGACUACCAAGGGUCAUCUGAAGUCGUGAUUGGGUCUCUAAUAACACCAGGACAAAGUUAAGGGAUCACUACUCAAGCAUAAGCCCCAGUUUUCAUAAGACUGCUGUGAAGAUGUUUGAUAUAAAGGCUUGGGCUGAGUAUGUUGUGGAAUGGGCUGCAAAGGACCCCUAUGGCUUCCUUACAACCGUUAUUUUGGCCCUUACUCCACUGUUCCUAGCAAGUGCUGUACUGUCUUGGAAAUUGGCCAAGAUGAUUGAGGCCAGGGAGAAGGAGCAAAAGAAGAAGCAAAAACGCCAAGAAAACAUUGCAAAAGCUAAACGACUAAAAAAGGAUUGAAGGACUGAACAGGCUUUGCAACCAGAAGAAAAUCAUUUGGAAAAUUAUGCAGCUUUGGAAGAAUCCACUAAAGUUUCUUCUUUGGAUUUCUUGACAGUAUGAUUUAGUAAAUGAAAUUUGACCAAAUGGAAGAAUCAUGUUAGUUCUGACCUCAAUACUAUAGUAACUUUUAGGCGUGGGUGUAGAAGUUUAUAGGUUUCUAUUGACAGUUAUUGUAAAUUAGCAUUUACUGUGGUACAAAUUCUUUAUAACUGACUUAGUCAUUUGCCGCUUAGCAGUUUAUAUACUGAAAUGAAAACAUCUUGUGGGGAAAAGUGACUUUAGAUUAUGAACUCAAUUCAAAUGAACUCUAUUUAAAAUGGGGUCCUAUUUUGGACAAAGGAAAUUAAGAAUGUAAAAGUCAGAACAGUCUUGAGGUAAAAAGUGUGCUUUGGCUUAAAAGGGAUACAGUAUAUUAAUUACAUCUUUUAUUAUUAUUGUUUAUUUCUUAGAAUCAUUUCUGGCUUUCUCAAAACAAAAUAAUAUUAAUGAGUACUUCUAUUUGCUGCAUUUUUCUUAGUACAGCCUUUGAGACAGCUGGUAAUUAUAAGUCAUUUUCCAUUUUUUAAAACAUAAUUUUAUAAAGAAUUCUCUUAUCUCGACUAUGUAGAAUACCACCUACUGGACAGAACAAUUUUUGUACUCACAAACACUGCCAUUUUCUUAGAGAUGGCUUGAGAGGAGUAACACUAUGGUUUAAAGCUUGCAGUAAAAAUGCCAAACACUGUAGUACCUUGGAACCCAGUUUAUUCUUGUGCUAAGCAGAACUGUAAAAUAGUUAAAAUGUCUUACCAAGUAAUUCGCCGAUUACAAAGACACCAUUUGUUUAUUUCAUUCUUUGUUUUAACUCAUGUGGUAGUGAUAUUUAAUACUUUCUGAUCAAACAGGUUCAAAGUAAAACGUUAAAUUUCACAUUUCUUUUAAAGAACUCUUCAAGUGUAACAGUUAUGCCAUACUUCAUAAGUGGUAAAGGUAUAAAAUUUGGAAACAUUUUGUUGGGCAUAGUAGUGAUUGGGUGAAAAGGAUAAAUUAUAUCAAAAUGAGAAUGUGCUGUAAUUGGAAGUAGGGAGCUAAAGGAUGUUUCUUUCAGUUUAGUAGAACUGGAACGUUUUACUAUUAAACAUGGCUUUUAUAAAUGCAUGGUCCAGUAAUUUUAUUCACUGUUAGUAUUUAAUUCACUGUCAGCUUAUUAAUGUUUUCUGUGCCCAUUAAUGAAUUUUAAAUUACAAAAAAUUGUCCAGCAGCUACAGUUUAAAAAUGAAACUAGACAUUAAAAUAAAUUUGAUAAUUUUUUAUAAA